AUGUCGCGAGUGCUUACGGUGUUGCUCACGUACGACGACCCGGAGUGCGGCGGCGCGGCGGAUGCGCUGGUGGAGCACCUGGAGCGUGAUGCAGCCGCUCUGGAGGGGCACUGCCAGCUCUCCGUGAAGCCGAUUCAGGUGCUGCAAAACGGCUCUCACCGCGAUGCCCUCUACGGCUCACUGCAAGACCUGUUUCAAAUGAAGCCGCAGGACAUCUACGUCAUCGCGUUCCUCAAGGGAUCGCAGCCAGAGGAGUACCGGAGGGUGAAUGAGCUGUGCAGCAGCGUGCGUCCCAAUGCCGUGAAGUGCCAGGUAUUGACACACUUGGCGAACUACAACGAUGUCGGCCUCAUCAUUCGUAAUUUGGUGCGCCUGGUGCUGAAUGAGAUGGCAAAGGAGACGGCGAGGCGCGACAGCACAGAGCCGUCCAAGUAG